AAACAAACAACAACUCCCUCUUCUCAUGCCUUGAUCGAUUCCAAACAUCCCAGUCAGCCAUGGCUGACAGCUCUUCUUUCAUGGACUGGAGUCCUGCGACUCCUGAACCUCGCUUCAAUCCGUAUCCCGAGAACUAUGUUCCUGGCGGAUGGCCAGAACCCGGUCCUCAAGUUCCUCCUCCCACCACCGGCGUAUUCGCACGUCGGCCACCACCAUCCGGCUUUGUACAGACGGCGAAGCGAGUCUGUCGAGGACUGGGCGCUGUCAUCACCGGCGGCUUUCACCUUGUCGUCCAAGAACCAACCUACGCCAUCGUGCGCCGGGUUCGAGAACGCCAGAGAAGACAACCACGACCGCAACCUCAAAGAGAAGUGCGCACCGCGACUCCGCCUCGACAAGCCUACCCUCCUCCUCAAUUCACACUUUCAGACUCGCCAUGGAACCGCGCUGUCACACUCGAAGAAGCUCGGCGACGAGUACGGCCACCUCCCGAUACUUUCGACGACGACGAGCGUCGCAGAAAGACCCCCACACCAUCACCAAAACAACCGCAGCUGCAACCUCGUCCCCCUCCAAAAGACAGAGUCUAUCACAUCCCAAACUUCCUGCCUAAUGGCACGACCAGAUACAGCCGCAAGAGUCGCGUGGUCACUGCCGCAAUCGCGGAAGAAAAGACUACCUCAGCUCCCUCGAUCUUCGCAGAUAUGCCUCAUUUUCCGGCACCUGUUCCCGAACUUCCUGAUCAUCCUAUCCCCCACAAGAUUGAACGCAUCUUCCCAGUUGACCAUCGCAAGUUGUCCAAUACUCCUCAAUUAAAAGCCUUGACCUCUACGAAUCGACCGCCAUCGCCCGAGACAUAUGACGAAGAGGAAGAGACGGGAACUUUGAUGGUGGAAAUUCCUCCAGAAUUAGACAAGGGUGAUGAAUCAGACACCUCUCUACGAUCCUACCAACUGCGACCAAAGAAGCUGCGCAUUCGAAAGAAUAGAGCCAUCAAGCAUUCAGACACCAAGAAAGAUGCGGCGAUCGAGCGCAUUGACACUCCUGGUCCGAGCUUACGCGUGUCUAAAGCACCUACAACACCGACCCCGGCCAUCGUUGUCCAAGAGACGGGUACUGUCAUCACACAAUCCCCAGUCCCCGUUGACGAAGACUUGCUAUCACCACCACGUGUCAGAUACCGACGUGUGAGCACACCGAAACAAAACAAAUUCUUAUUCAAAGAAGAAAGUCCAGGUUCAGAAAUAUCGUCGACCUGCGAAUGUUCUCCAGGAAAUCAAACUCCACAGCCAACGAAAUUCACCACACCCAUCAAGAACGAUAGCUCCUCAGCAGCCGAUUGCUCGCUAGGCGAUCCGACUCCACGCCCACAAGCAACAUCACCCCAAGAGAGUGAUAUCUCCUCAAUGUUUAUUGGUUCGCCACCAGAUCUCGAAGCGGACGAGAAACUCUUCAAAAUGAUCAUGGCUGCAGGUGGGAGAUCACCCACUCCAGUAGAAAACAAAGUCGCCACAAAUGAAAAAGCCCAAGAAAAUCGACCGGUUAAGAGCGACCCGGCAAUAUUGGAGGAUAAGAAAGUCGCCACAAAUGAACAAUCAGCGCCGGUUACGAGCGACCCGGCAAUACUAGAGAAUCAGAAAGUCGUCACAAACGAACCAUCAGAGCCGACCACGAGCGACGCGGCACCAAGAUCCACCAUCAUCGACACUACUCCAGAAGACACCACUACUCCAAAGGCUGAGAGUGAAACGAACGGAGAGACAAUACCACCACAACAAUCUGAAACUGUAAAAGAACAGAAGCAGGACCGCAAUUUACCGAUAGAGAUUGAAGAUGACGAUGCACCAACAACACAAAUAGAUGGACCCCAUGCAGGCUCCUUUGCAGCACCCACAACCCCCACACAGCGCCCUCCCGAAGUAAAGGCUGAGCACGCGACUAGCGAAACUCGACCACAAACUGUGCCUUCUACGCCUGAGCAGAACCCUGUUAAGAACUUUGCUCAACUUACCAUCCAGGAUCCUUUUACUCCUGACGUUCCGACUCCAAAAGCAUCACCACAUUCCGCAGAGAGGACACAAAGAGUCACUAGAGCUGAGGCAAAGAGGCUAGCAUCGUUGCAAGAACAUCGUCAAUAUGAGAUUGUAGCUCUCACCGAGGAAUGGGAGAAGAAAAUCCAACAAGCCCUCCGAAGCGGACACGGCGAAUAUAAGCCUACCGAUCUCAUUCGUGUUGUACCACUCUUGCAUGGUCGUGGAACAGAUAGCUGGCUCAACGAUGAAGUCAUUAAUGGCUAUCUCAAAAUCAUUGUUGAACAUGGCAAGAAGAACGAUCGACCGACACAGGUACCAACACACCAUGCAUUUGUCUCCUUUUUCUUCAAUAACCUCGCCGAAAAGGGCUAUGAUAGUGUCAAGCGCUGGGCGAACCGAGCCAAGAUUGGAGGCAAGCGACUCCUCGAGACAGAACAAGUGUUCAUUCCCAUCAAUCGCGGAAUGCAUUGGACUUUGUGUGUUGUGUCAGGAAAGAACAAGACCAUUACCCACUACAACAGCUUGGGAGGCAACGGGCGUACAUAUGUCGAAACGAUUAAGAAGUGGGUCAAGGAGGAAUUGGGCAGUGCAUACAAUGAAGAGGAAUGGAUAUUUGAUUAUUCUGGAGAAACACCACAUCAAACCAACAUGGACGAUUGUGGUGUUUUCACCAUCACCAGCGCCAGGCAAAUCAUGCUUGGAUUAACACCCAUGUCGUACAAUGCCGACCAGAUUCAGCUUCAAAGACGACGGAUUGUGGCUGAACUUAUGAAUGGAGCGCUCUUGAAGAGCAGCGAAUGAAGUGUACUAUUAUGACGAACUGAUGAUGUUACGAGUACUACUGGUUGAUUUUUGGCUACCAAAAGCAUUGAGUGCCGGCAUGGCACCGACCAGUACUAGGAGCGAGAUGCUUCAUCGAGAUACCCCAUGGGGAAGAACAGUACCCUACUUGUACGAAGACCUUUCAAUAGACUAAUUAAUCUUGGAG